AUGGUCAUUUUGCUGACUUGCUCUCUAGCACAAGCCAUGCUUCCAACGUUGCACAUUCCCACUUUCCGUCAGGAAGUCGAGGAAGUCUUCAACGGAUCCAACGAUCCUUGCCAGAACUUUCAAUUAAGAAUGGUAAUUGCCAUAAGUAUGCAGAAGAUGAGCACUGAAUAUGCAGGUUUGGCAGACAGCUACUAUUUGGCUGCUUUACCAUACCUGGAAGCCUCUCUGAAAAGAAUGGAUCUCAAAUCGCUGCAAUGCCUGGUGUUGAUAGCCCAAUACUCCCUACUAACCCCAACAAGGACCGCUGCCUACUGGGUUGUUGGGAUGGCAGUCAAACUGUGUCAAGAGCUUGGGCUCACCGAAGAGGCGACGAUAACAAAAUCGCGUACCGGAAAGCAGUUGGAUCCCUUGGAGGUAGACAUGCGAAGAAGGCUUUUUUGGAUUGUCACGUCGAUGGAAUACGGCCUUUCGCAUAGUCUUGGACGCCCAAGCUGUUACUCCGUCAGCCAUGAUCAGAUCAGCGUCAGCUUCUUUGAGCAAGUGGACGACAAGUACAUCACUCGGGAAGGAAUACAUCCAGAUGCGAAACCUAUACUACCCAAGUGCAUCGCAAUACACUUCUUCAAGAUGCGCUUAUUACAGCUCGAGAUACGGCGGAAACUCUAUUUGAACAAACGGGAAAGUCCAGUGGACGACCAUGACCCAUGGUUCGCGCAAAUGCUCAACAAAUUCGAUCAAUGGGUAUCAUCGUGUCCCAAGCACGAUGGUGGUAGCGGCUUGAGUGAGAAGUGGUUCAGAGGUCGUCUGCACACCAUGAUAAUCAUGAUGUACCGACCGUCCCCUCAGAUACCAGAGCCUUCAGUUUACGCAGCGCGGAGAUGUCAUGAGGCAGCCGUCUCCAAUGUUUAUAUGCAUAGAGAGCAAAUCGCUACCGGCUCGGUCGACCUAACUUGGAUCUUCACACAAUCGCUUUUCAUGGCGCUGAACACUAUCCUAUGGACACUUUCCUAUCCUGAAAUCAGGAAGGAUCAUGAUCUGCAAGAGGUCCAGGAUAGCCUUGCAGUCGCUUUAGAAGGCAUCUUACUGGCUGCAGAGAGAUGGCCUGGGGUAAGAUCAGCCGGCAUGCUCUAUGAGAAUCUGAUCGCCGCAUGCCUCAGGGCAUACAACACGGAAGAAUCAUUUGUCGUACAUUCACCUUCCAAUCCGUCCAACUCCAGUCACCCAACACCAGCUUCCUCUCAGGACGUCCAGACACCACCGUCUAUGGCAAGCCCUGCUAGCACAGCAGCCUCCAUUCACUCGCAAAACAUUCUAGCCGGCAGUUCUUCUGUCACCGAUACUGCAUCAGCCGGUACAUUCUCUCGAGGCCCCUCGGCCGACCCAACUUUCCCUUACCUGCCGGCGACAACCGCCCUACCCAUUCCUAGCGACCCCGUGAAAGUACCGGACCCCGGUCCAUGGGAUCCUAGCGUCCCUCCACAUGUCACCUCAGAUACCCAAACCACUUUAGGGUUGGACUUGCCGGGCGAUCCACUUUCAUCCGGCGCGGAUCUAAAUUUUGACCCUUCUGCACCAUAUAACUCACUGCCCUCCGUUGUUCCGGGAUUACCUGGUUGGGACCCGAAUUUCUCCCUUUCCUCUACUACCGCCGGCCCACUACCUUAUUCCGACGCGACUAUCCACCCAAUAAAUUGGAUCAAUUCCUUCAGUGACCAGUAUUUCCAGUACUUCGGUGGAGAUUACCCCGUGAACUCCUGGAGGGGGAGAACAUUGAGCCAGCAAGAACAGACGGAAUUGAUGGAUUCACUUGCGGACCAUAUUCCGGAUGUCACAACCCAGCUAGCGAUGCAGACGGCGACAGCAUAUUACCAGCCAUGA